GCGUGAGCUGCUGUUAUUUUGAAAACGUCACAUCUGUAGGCGGAUGUGACGUUUGAAAUCUUUGGUCGUCCGAGAUGUAUCACUCGCGACAGUUAGCUACGUCUCUGUUGUUAGCCAUAAUAGCUUGAGUCAAGAAUAAACUGGUAGCUAUUUAAAACAAGUGCAUUUACGUAUGUUGAGGCACAAUGUCGCAGUAUGAACUAUUUCAGAGCCAAAGCAUGUCGAUAAUGACGCUGUUAGCCGACACAGCCCGUGCUGAGAUCUGCAGGGUUUAUCAUGAUAACACAGACACACAGAAAGAGCUCAAGCUGGUAAGUUUAGACAAGAGUAAUGUUUAGAAGAAGAAAUGUUAACAAGCUAGUCAAAAUGUUGGCUAACUAAAUUAGCCAUGUCGUGCAGCUGACAGGGAAGUCGACACUAACUAAAUCAGCUAGUGGUGUUUCAGAGGUCUGUGCGCUUCACUUCCUCCAAGCUACAAGUUCAGAGUCAUGAUGUGUCGACUCUUUGAGCCGACCCACAUAUAUGACUCAAUACAUUCAGAAUGAAUCAGAAAGCUUCGAUGGAAAUCUGAGCUUGUGAGUGUGUUUGACUCACAGCUCUGUGUGUGUGUGUGUGUGUGUGUGUGUGUGUGUGUGUGUGUGUGUGAGGCAGUCGAAGAUGUCCUGUAUGUUGUCAGUGUGUUUAGAGCGAGCGAUCCGUAAUCAGAAUAAAUGGAAAUGAAUCUUUUUAAUGAAGCACAGACACAGAGAGUAUUAAUGCAGGCACAGCUUAAUGCUGUCAUGGAGUUUUUGGCGAAGGAGGCAGUACGGAAAAUCUGCCUUCUGUUCAAGCUAUGCAGUGUAGAGAAAGAGUGUAAUGCAGUGGAUUUGCCCAGUGCGUCUGAAAGAUCAGGAAAUGCACAGAGUCUGUCCGAGCCGAAGGAACCAGCUACUCAACCCGAAUAUGCUCAGACUUCAGUAUCCGGAGAAACUGUGUAUCUCUUAGUGAGUGGGGAAGAAUCACAUGCUACAGCAACAACUGCAACUCCACAGCAAGAUGUCAUCAGAGAAGAUGAGUGUCCUGCUACUCAGGAGCUUGAAUCUACCACAGCCAUUAGCUCUUCUACGAAGGUGGGAGAAAAUGGAAAAAAGAUCCAAACUAUCUUGAUAAUGAAAGAUGCAGGCUCUUUUUCUGCUGAAGCGAAAAAUGCAGUAAAUACCCCAGCUGUACAAACCACUGUUCAACCAGACAAGCUGAAGAAGAACAUGUCCUAUAAAUGUGAUGUGUGUGAAAGGACUUUUUCAAUGAAGCGUUACCUAAUGCGGCACAAGCAAGUACACUCCAAAACAGCCCAUCACACCUGCAAUGUGUGUGGGAAUAAAUACAGAUUUUUAAGAGCACUGAACAAGCACCUCUUGUCUCAUGGCAAAAAGAAGAGGGAGGCACAUCCGUGCAAAACAUGCGGCAAAAGCUUUGUAAAUCUGGACAAGCACGAACUCGUCCACUUAAACGUAAAGCCGUAUCUUUGUGGCGUGUGUGGAAAAGGCUUCACUCUAGAGUCGGUUUUACUGGUACACCAGAGACUCCAUACUGGAGAAAAGCCGUAUCAGUGUGAAACGUGUGGGAAACGCUUCACGCAAUCCAGCACCCUUCACAUUCAUAAGAGGGUUCACUCAGAAGCGAAGCCUUGGAAGUGCAGCCUGUGUGACAAGAGUUUCAAGAGGCAGUCCAGCUUGAAAAAGCACGAUAUAGUCCACACUGGAGAGAAGCCGCACACAUGUGAAACGUGUGGGCAGAAGUUUGGCCAUAGGGAAAAUCUGAAAAGACAUGUCCUUAAUCACUUGGGCAUAAAGCCGUAUGCGUGCAAGGUCUGUGGGAAGCAAUACAGUCAGAUGAGCUCGCUAAAGGAACACAUGCCAGUGCAUGGAACAGUCAAACCCUUCAUGUGCGAGACGUGUGGAAAGACCUUUGUGUACAAUUACGCCCUGAAAAAUCACAUGUGGACACACAGAGAUAUUAGAAAAGCACAUGGGGCUGAAAAGAACCCUCACUGCUGCGAAGUCUGUGGGAAAUGCUACAGCUCCUCUUAUGCUUUGAAAAUGCAUCAGAGGCUUCACUCUGAGCACAAUCCAUUUAACUGUAAGGUGUGUGGGAAGACUUUUAGCAGUAUGUCUGGCGUGUAUGCACAUGAGCAACGUCAUACAGGGGUGAAAGUUUUCAGGUGUGAGCUAUGCAAAAAGACUUUUGUUAACAAGGCGUAUCUGAAAGUGCACGAGUUUUUGCACACCAAAGAAAAACUCCAUAAAUGCUUGCUUUGUGGGAAAGGAUUCAGUCUGCCCAAUGGACUUAAGCUGCAUAUGCUUAUUCACACUGGCGAAAAACCACAUAAGUGUGAAAUAUGUGGCAUGGCUUUUCGCUUAUUGGGAAAUUUACGGAGGCAUAAUCGCGUUCACACUGGAGAGAAGCCAUUUAGUUGUGAAGUUUGUGGGAAAAGCUUUAGCCAGCCAAACAAUGUGAAGGCUCACAUGCAGAUGCACACUGGUAUUAAACCAUACACUUGUCAGAAAUGUGGGAAGAAGUACGCUUAUGUUAGGAAUUACAAUGAUCAUAAAUGUGUGCCUCUGUAAAAAGUAACACGCAGUGUCAUUGGUCAGGCUGUCUUAGGUACUGUGCCAACUGACAUGUAGUUAAUCUUAAAUAUGAGAAUUUCAGUAGCUGAGGUGCCAGCAUUGCUAACAAGUUCUUAGCAUCCUAACAUAAUUCCUAACAUAAGUGUUUGUCCAGUCUGAUAUAAUAAUAAUAAUAAUAAUAAUAAUAAUAAUAGCAGCAACAAGAAACAAAUGUGUCUUUUAUGUCUUUGAUGGUUUUGGGAAUUGGCUUUUCUGACAGGCAAAUUUUAUUUGUGUCUGGUCUGAUCACUGCUUUAGCUGAAACAGCAGAAAGAUGUAGAAAGUAGACAAACUGGAAAUGCUUAAGUUAACAGUUUUCAUGGGAAAGCUAAGAUAUGCCCAGAACUUGGGCACUUAUUUAUAAAAGUAUUUGAAAUACUGAGAGUUAUGUCAAUCUGCAAAUAUUUUAAAUUAAAAUGUUUUUGUAAUGCAUAUAUUUAGUAUCUUAUGUACAUUAUUUGUAAAGAAAUUUUACAGCUGCUGAGCUCCAUGGCUUUCUUCCAAUAAUGCCAAUCAAGAGGUAAAACACAACUCUGUUUUUACUCAUAAUUAUGUCAAAUAAUAUAUUCAUGUUAUUCAUAAUUAUGCCAAAUACCAUAAAAAGGGUAUUAAUGCC